UGACUUGAUUCCAGAUUCCAGCGUAUGCAGUGAACUUUUCACUAUUUACAAUUGUAUCUUGUCAGGUGGUUCAAAUAAUGAGUAUAUUUAUCAGUUUAACGCGUAAUUUUGAAGCACAUAAUUUACGAAGAACAGUCUACAAUUACUUUUGCUGAUUUUGAUUACAAAAAUUCAAUAGGUAAGUCUGUUACGAUUAUGGUGAAAUAUUCUAACCUGCAAGAUACUCGCAAAGCUUGACUUAACCCAAAUGCGUUCAAGAUGUGAAACCCAUUUGUCUAAAAGAUUAUUAUCUUUCGCAAGUGAAUCGCAUUCAAAGGUUCUUUAAAAAUAUUUUCAAACAGUCCGUGAUUUUUAACUAGCUUUUAAAAGGCAUUCACUCAAACUUUGAGAAGUGUUAUUUCGUUCAAAGUUUUCCUGAACAAACACAAAGAAAGGAAAUGACUUUAUAGACAUAUCCAUCCAUUCAAAAUGCCAUGCUGGUAUUACGAGAAAAAAGAGCUACGCAAUACACCGUCGAUUCAGGAUGGUAUCGACUACGAGACAGAAUGUCGAUACCGCAAAGAAGGCGCUAGGUUCAUCAUUGACACUGGAACGAAGAUGGAUCUUGGAUACAACACAAUGGCGACUGGCGUUGUGUACUUUCACAGAUUCUACAUGUUUCACUCGUUCAAAAACUUUCCAAGAUACGUCACAGCCUGUUGUUGUUUAUUUCUUGCCGGAAAGGUUGAAGAAACACCUAAAAAAUGCAAAGACAUUAUAAAGACUGCUAAAACGUUACUUAGCGAUCAAAAGUUCCUGACUUUCGGAGAGGAUCCAAAGGAGGAAGUAAUGACUCUGGAAAGGAUUCUUUUACAAACAAUUAAAUUCGACUUGCAAGUCGAACACCCCUACAGCUACCUAUUGAAAUAUGCAAAGUGUCUGAAAGGUGAUAAGAACAAACUACAAAAAAUGGUCCAAAUGGCGUGGACGUUUGUAAACGACAGCCUCUGUACUACGCUCUCCUUGCAAUGGGAACCAGAAAUUAUAGCUGUUGCUCUCAUGUACCUUGCUGGUAAAUUGAGCAAAUUCGAAGUUGUGGAUUGGAACGGAAGGCUCCCAAAGCAUCUCAGGUGGUGGGACAUGUUCGUCGAAGAUGUGACCAUGGAUUUACUCGAAGAUAUUUGCCAUCAAGUUUUAGACCUAUAUUCGCAAGCAAACAAUGCGAAGGCACCAGAUUCACCGCCGCUUGUGUCGACGCAUGAAGGUAAUAGAGAAUGGGCCACAAUACCCACUGCAAACGACGUUGCUGCCAGUGCUCCAGCAACACCGAAUAAAAUAUCAAAAAUCGAAGUCACCUCCAGUGCCGUGAACGGUUCCUCAAACGCGGAUGCUACCGAUGGUUCAAAGCCGGUUGAAAUACCGGCUCACUUCCCUCCGUACCCCGCUACUUUUACCCCAUCUUCGACGGCCUAUCCCCCCGUAUUCCCGCCGACGAAUAUUUCCGUUCCACCGCCGUCCGUCACGACGAUUAACCACAUUGUUUCGGCAAUGCAUCCCUAUAAUUCGUCGGGCGCAAUUCGCCCGCCAGCACCAGCUCUCGCUCCACCCACGUUCCAACCCUUUCCAUACCCUGCAGCGACAACAUACUUUCAACCCGGGAACCCAGCACCGCCAGCUACGACGCAAAGAGCUUAUUACCCGCCCUAACAGACCGACGAUUCCUAGGUUUACGAUGUAGAAUUACAUUUAGGUUUAUAUAAAUUGUAAACUUUGUACCGGAAUCUCAUGUUGAUUGACGUACUCAUCUUCCGGUCAUGCAUGAAAUUCAUUUUGUA